UUAUUUCUUGUUUUCUGUGAGAAUAUACUGAAUUAGCAGAAGACAGAUCCACGGGAGGGGAAGCAAAAAUGAAUCGGCUCCUCGGCACGUCUGGAUGAACACGGUGGCGAGAGGCAAUUUAUACCAAAGCGUUUCUAUCAUCUUCGAUUUAUACCUCAACCCGAAGAGCUUGUGCCUUGCGACAUUCGACGGUGAUUUUUAUUUCGCAGGGCAAACGGCUGGUCGGCCGGUUAACGGCAGGAAUUGAACGUUGAAUGCAAAGAUCCUAUAGGUUGAUUGAGUGUAGUCGCUGGUUGGCCAUCGGCUUGAGCCGGCAUUGGGCAACGUGAGGCCGUGCUAUGGAGGAACUAAGCCAGGUGUUGUCAGCCAGCUUUACCGUCUCUCAGGACCCCAACAGCAUCGCCGCUCCACACCCUCGCCUUGCCCAGUACAAGGCCAAAUACAAUGCACUAGAGCAAACAGAACGCAGGCGGAAACUUCUGGAAAUCCAAAAAUCGCAGCGGCUGAAUUACGUUAAUCAUGCCAGACGCCUGGCUGAAGAUGACUGGACGGGAGGAGACGACAGCGAGGAGGAGUCCAAGGAGAAGGAGGAAAUGGAAGUAGAGGUGGCGAAGAAGAAACUGCCCAAACGUUAUGCAAACCAGCUGAUGCUGUCUGAAUGGCUGGUGGACGUGCCAUCUGACCUGGCUGAAGAGUGGCGCCUGGUGGUCUGUCCCGUCGGCAAGCGCAUUCUCAUUAUCGCUUCCAAAGGGAGCACAGCAGCGUACACGCGCGGUGGAUAUUGCGUGAACAGGUUUCCGUCAUUCCUUCCCGGUGGAAACCGGCACAACUCGGCCAUUGGCAAAGACUACACCAUAUUGGACUGCAUUUUCAGUGAAGUGGACAGAACAUUCUUUGUCUUGGAUGUGAUGUGUUGGAGAGGCCAUCCAGUCUAUGACUGUCAGACAGAAUUCAGAUUUUUUUGGCUUCAAUCAAAAUUGCAAGAGGAAGGUCCGAAGCUGUCGGAGAUAGUGACCCGGAAUCCAUUCAAGUUUGUGGGAUUGUCAAAUGUGCCGUGCACACCAGAAGCAAUUUGCCAGGCGUUGGCUGCCGAUUAUCCUUUUGAGGUGGAUGGCCUGUUGUUCUACCACAGCCGGACGCACUACACCCCAGGGAGCACGCCGCUGGUGGGCUGGCUGAAGCCCUACAUGGUGGGCGACAUUCUGGGGAUGUCCGUCCCGGCCGGCCCUCUGACCUCGAAACCCGACUACGCCAACUCUCAGAUGCAGCAGAUCAUCGAGCUGAAGAAGAACAAGGGCGGUGGGCAGGACGAUGCCAACGUGGGCACGAAGGGGAUGUCGAGACCGGGCCGCUACGAACUGGAACAUCUCUCCACCCCCAGGAAGACCAAGAGCACUCCCACCAAGAUGGAAUGUGCAAGCAAAAGCGAAAGCUAAGUGCCCUAUCUGUGUCGGGCAGGGUUCCCUCCCCUCGAAGCCUCUCUGUUUAUAUUGUGGAGCUGCUUGCAACAUGAGUUCUCCUUCACCCGGGGUUUCGAUUUGAAUGAGGAUUGUUGGGAGGGACUGGCUGGGGCUGCUGAACGUGGCUGAAAGUAGCCUCGAGGGUCUGGAGAAUCUCGAGCUGUUGCUGCUGCUUCUGUAUAAACAUGGAGGGCUCUUCUUUGUGAGAGGGGAAGCAGAGGUUAAACUCACUGGGAAUCCAAGGACAGUCACUGGACAGGGCACUUGAGAACAUCAUAUUUGUGCCAGUAUGUGUUUGUACCAAGUGGACACUUUCCCAAGAGCCUUGGAUUCUACAGUUGUCUGUUUUUACACAGCAGGGGAGGAAUUGGUAGCAGUGUGUGUUUUUAUUAAUUGAGUUAAUUACAUAAGAGUAUUGGUAAGUCUCACCUGGGAGUGUGAAGUAGAUACAUAGAUACGUUAUUAUUACUUGUUACAUGUUACAUUGAGAUUCUUUGUUUUACAUAUCAUACACAAGGUAUGCAAAGAGUCACCACGUAGAGGGCAUUGUAUGAGCAUGAUAUUCCACACAUCCCACUAUAAGAACCUAGGUCAAAUCUGUAAUCAUUUUAAGCUGAGGGUUCAAAUUCAAUCUUUGGCUACCUGGGCUCCACCCGCACGUUUGAUGCUUUAACGGUUGUUAGUGAUCAUUAAAUGUAGCUGCAGUCCCUCCAGCAGUGUCUACUGUCCCUCUUUAGUCUCCUGGCCGCUCCCUCAUUUAGCCAUGAACUCAAAUGCUCACUGGCAUUGCCAAGGGAUAUUUGCUCCCAGUGACUUGUUGAAUUUGACGCGGAACUUCUCUCCUUGAAAUACCUUUGUAAAUAUGUGAACCUUCACCUCAAUGGAAAGCCUGUUUUAUUUUGGGCAUUUCUCUCCCAGGCUAACGCUUUUUAACGCUUGAUUUAUUGCUUUGUGAUAUACUAACGAUGCUUGAAUGUGCUGCCUACCGGUCUUGUGACCUGCCUUUUAAUAAAUCAAACUGUUCUCAUUGUCA